GCGGCGGGGCCGUGCCGGAGCCGUGCCGGUGCGGCCCGGCGGCGGGAGCAUGGCCCGCAGCGCCGGCCCAGCGCCCUGAGCGGCGCCAUGCGGGGCCGGCUGCUGGCGCGGCUGCGGCGGCGGCGGCGGCUGCUGCGGCUGCUGCUGGCCCUGGGCGCGCUGGCCUUCGGGCUCUGGGCCGCUUACCUGGAGCUGGUGGCGGCGGCCGGCGGCGGGGCUGCCCCGGACCGCAGAUAUGAAAGCUGGAGGGAGCUGGCUAAGGCUCUGGCAGACACAAAUGUCCCAGGUGGGGACCCGAGCCUCCAUUUUUACUAUCCACAGAAGCUGGGACACCAGAACCAAGAGCUGCAAAGAGGUGGGAGGAAUAAAUCAAAUUACACAGCUGUUGACAACCCUGCCCGGUGGAUACCAGAGUUCCAGGGCCAGGCCAAUCUACAUGUGUUUGAGGACUGGUGUGGCAGCUCCACUGAGCAGCUCAGGAAAAACCUCCACUUCCCUCUCUUCCCCCAUACACGAACUACAGUGAAGAAGCUGGCUAUCUCCCCAAAAUGGACCAACUAUGGUCUCCGGAUAUUUGGCUACCUGCAUCCUUUCACCAAUGGGGAGUUUCAGUUUGCCAUUGCUGCGGAUGACAAUGCUGAGUUCUGGCUGAGUCCAGAUGAAAAGACCUCUGGUCUCCAGCUGCUGGCAAGUGUAGGCAAGACAGGGAAGGAAUGGACUGCACCAGGGGAGUUUGGGAAAUUUCACAGCCAGCAGUCAAAGAUGGUAAGGUUGUCAGCUGCAGGCAGGUACUAUUUUGAGGUGCUGCACAAGCAGGAUGACAGAGGAACAGACCAUGUGGAAGUAGCAUGGAGACUGAAUGACCCAGAAGCGAAGUUCAAAGUCAUUGAUUCCCAGUACCUCUCCCUUUUUGCUAACGAGACGCUUUUAAAGAUGGAUGAGGUUGGGCAUAUCCCGCAGACACUGGCCAGUCACAGGAGGCGGCCUGCUGACAGUGCAGGCAGCAAGGCACACCCAGCUGACAUGCUGAAGCCUGACCCCCGGGACACCCUUUACAAAGUACCUCUGCUCAGCAAGUCUCGUGUGCGCAGAGCCUUGCCAGACUGCCCCUACAAGCCCAGCUACCUGGUGAAUGGAUUCCCUCUGCAGCGCUACCAAGGACUCCAGUUUGUUCAUUUAUCCUUUGUUUACCCAAAUGAUUACAGCCGCCUGAGCCACAUGGAAAAAGACAACAAAUGCUUCUAUCAGGAAAACCCUUAUUACUUGGAAAGAUUUGGAUUCUACAAGUAUAUGAAAAUGGACCGGCCAGAAAAGAACCUGGACACUGGAGAAAAGACAGAGCAGCCAGGAUCCCAGGAAGGGAACGUGGAUGACCUGCAGUACAUGGAGCAGGAUGUGGAGAGUACCAGUCCCCCUAAGCACCCAGGCACGGGGCAGGCAGAGCUGGCAGGCAAUGCUCCCAGCAGCAUGGCAGGCAGUGAUAACGUUCACGAGGACUAUUCCCUCCAUGAGCAUCGUCGUCUCCUCUCCAUCAUGGGUGGCGACACGCAAGAAGGGCUGCAGAGGAGAAGGGUGAUGAGGUCUGGUGUCAAAUCAGCCACACUGGCCUCUACCAACCACAGCCUCAGCCAGGUUGGCCUAGAGGGGAACCCAAUAACGAAGAGACCCCGUUUAAAAGCUGGCGUCAAAGACACCAGGAGCCCUGCGCAGCAUGCCAGGGCUGUCCAGGGGAGAGUGCCUGUCAAAAAGGCAAACCCUCCUUCUAGGACUGUGUCUCAAAGGCAGCAGCCUCUCGGCGACACCAGGGACUCAGGGGUCACAAUUCCCAAAGGGAUGAGACCUCAAGGAGACCUCAGCACCACUAAGGAUGGGCUGCAGCCAGCAGGCAUGGUGGCAGCCGCGAGAGGACGCCCAGUCCCUGGCAAAGCCAGCAGACACACUGUGAGUGCUGCCAGCCCCAGCCAUCAGCCUGGGCUACCACAGUGGCUGAAGCAAGUGGAGUCCUACAUUGCUGAGCAGAAGGCAGCCAACGGUGGGGACAUGGGUGAGAGAGAAGCGCAGGUGGCAUCUCCUCUGAAGAGCAAGUCUGGACCUGUGGCAGCAGAAGAGGAAGAGGAAGAAGAGGCAGAUGGGGAGCCAGAGGAGGAAGAUGAGGAGGAUUUUGAUUAUGUACCAGUGUUCGACCAGGCAGUGAAAUGGGAGCAGACCUUCAGCAUGAGCAACCUGGACUUCCAUAUGCUACGCACAGACUGGAUUGACCUGAAAUGCAACACAUCAGGAAACUUGCUGCUAAGAGAAAGGGAGGCCCUGGAAGUCACACGUGUCUUCCUGAAGAAGCUCAACCAGAAGACUAAAGGGCGGUUCCAGCUGCAGCGGAUCGUGAACGUGGAGAAACGCCAGGACCGCAUGCGGGGCAGUCGCUACCUGCUGGAGCUGGAGCUGCUGGAGCAGGGGGAGCGGCUCGUCCGCUUCUCCGAGUACGUCUUUGCACGGGGUUGGCAGGGUGUUGGCAGCGAUGAGGAGGAGGAGAGGAAGAUGAGGAACCUGGCCUGGGGUCGCCGGCGGCACCUGAUGGCUGUGGGAAACGAGCCAGAGCUGUGCUGGCCCCAGGGCUUCUCCUGGAACCACCGUGCCGUGGUUCAUUUUGUGGUGCCAGUGAAGAACCAGGCACGUUGGGUGCUGCAGUUCAUUUCUGACAUGGAAGAGCUGUUCCGAGUCACUAAGGAUCCAAACUUCAACAUCAUCAUUACAGAUUACAGCAGCAAUGACAUGGAUGUAGAGAAGGCUCUGAAAAGGUCUAGUUUGCACAGCUAUCGGUACUUGAAGCUGACGGGGAAUUUUGAGCGUUCUGCUGGGCUGCAGGCGGGAAUAGACCUCGUGACGGACCCGCACAGCAUAGUUUUCCUGUGUGACCUCCAUAUCCACUUCCCAGCUGGAGUAAUUGAUUCAAUCCGAAAACACUGUGUGGAGGGCAAGAUGGCAUUUGCACCCAUGGUCAUGAGGUUGCACUGCGGCAUGUCCCCAGAGUGGCCUGAUGGCUACUGGGAGGUGAACGGGUUUGGUCUUCUGGGCAUAUACAAGUCUGACCUGGAUAAGAUCGGAGGAAUGAACACAAAAGAGUUUCGAGACCGCUGGGGAGGAGAGGACUGGGAACUCUUGGACAGAAUCUUGCAGGCUGGGCUGGAAGUGGAGCGUCUCUCCCUGAGAAACUUUUUCCACUGGUUUCACUCAAAGCGGGGCAUGUGGAACCGGCACCAGCUGAAGACACUGUAGCCUUCAAGCCCAAAGCUGGCUGGCAGCACCGUCCACCAUCUCAUCUCACUGUGCACUUUAUCGAGGCACAGAGCCGAGCGCACAAACUCUUCCUCUGCCUCCAGAGCCCUCUGAUGGGUUGGUGUAGCUGGGGAAGGGACAGUCAGGCUAGGGGAGCAGGAGCUUCUCUUGUGUGCUGUUGCAUCCAAGAUGUGGGAUCCAUAUCUUGCUGGGAAAGCAUGCGGGGGAGAUGUUGGCAAGUGAAGGACUCAUAUUUCCUGCCAUGCAGUCUGGCGGAUGGUACAGUGGGAGAGGUGCCGUAUUUCCCGUUGAGUCUUGCAUGGUGCAAACCAAACAAACACAAAUCCCAGCUAAGCUCAGAAUGGUUUAUUUACAGUGACGUGACUUCUCUUUCAAUACUUGAAGGGAAAAAAAAAAAAAUGAAAAAAGAAGAAGAAGAAGAAAAACACAACCCUCCCUAUCUCCCCUCCCUUCCCAUCUCUCCAGUAUCCGUGCUUUUGGACAGGGGACCAACUCUGAACUGCUUUGUGUCCACAUGCCCAUGUGCUGACCCAAGGAAAUCUGGAUGUGGAGGAGCUGAUAGGCACUUUAGGCUGCUAGUGCUUAGAUGUUUCUCUGUGCUUUUCACUUUAGUCAUUAUGAAAAACCGUGCUCAUAUUCAGCAAAUUACGGUUGGAGACUCAAGUGCAUUUCCCUUAUGAGAACCACAUUUGCCUGCAACUGGGCAAGGUGGCAGGGGUUGAUGUUACAGCUCCACCUAAAUUAUUGAUCCACUGCCUGAGGGUAGUGAAGGGGUUAUACCAAGAAGCUAGGAAGGCAUCUCAGGAGGAACUUUGCAGCCUUAUCUGACAGACUUGUGUUUGUCCUAACAAUAUCAGGGAAACCCUAAUAGGGAAGAAGUGGCAAUAUUUUAUUAGCUGAAAUAUUGUGAUUUUGUCAGAAAAAGAGGAGACAGAGUAUUCUGCUCUCUAAAUCCUGUAUGUUUAUGCAGCAUUUAAAAGUUAAUUUAAUAAGUUAUGGCCUCACAGUUAUGUCUUGUCAUAGUUUGACUUUUAUGUAAAGAACAGGCUUCUUGGUUGAAGAACUGUCACAGCAGUUGGUGCUUCAGCUCUGGAAGAGCCCUGGGAGCUCUGGCCUGUCACAGAGGAGGUGGCCUCAGGCCUUGGCACUAGCACCAAGUGCAGGGAGCAGUGAGGACAGAUGAGGGUUGAGUGAAUGAAAGGAUGGGCAGACCCAUGCCAGCAUUGAUCCAAGAACUGUGGAAAGAGCCUUCAUCUACAGCUGGCCUGAUGCUGCAGGGAAUUCUCAGCCCCUAAAAUUCCCAUGAAUAUAAGGCAAGAUUUUUUUACCUUUGUAACCAUUUUACAGGGCCAUAGAAACCCAGAGGUCCCAGCACAGUCAGUGCUGUGCACUGGAGCUUCUGUGCCUCUGUACCAUGCUGAAAAGGCUGCUAAUUGGUCUCAGGCUUGAGAGGAGGGCAUGACAUAGGGCGCUGCUUGUGGUGCCCAGCUCUGUGGGGAGUUGUUGAAAAGUGAGUAAUGAAGGUGUGCAGGAUACAGGCAGUGCUGACAUGGGUCUGGAGUUGUUUGCUUUUUACGCAGAUUGAGUGGAUGCCAGUUCCGAAUAGGCAUUUAUCUAAUAUUUAUUCUGUGGUGCUUGACAAGUCCAUCAAGUUCCACUAUUGCAGUAGAAAACUCGACAUGCAAGUCCUGGCACGUGAGACAGACAUCUUGUCAAAUCAUCUGCUUGCCUCAGUCUGGGUUUUGUGUCUGAUGGAGUCAGAAAAAGUCAACCAGAUUUCAGACAGUUUCACUGUGCAGUGUGCAGCAAUGGUGAGAACUAGACAAGAGACAGCUGUGUCUCGGAGUCCUCAGAGCCUUUGCCAGAAUGCAGACACUGAAUAUUUCAGAAGAGACAACCUUAGCCUUCUGCCCAAGCCAGAGAGUCUUUUUAUUGAGGGAAAGAACUUCACCCAUGUAAAGACCAAGAAAUCAAACACUGGGGUGAGAGGGAAGAGGCUGAUGGCAGUCAACACUAUUAUUUUUUUUUCAAUAAUAAUUUAUAUAUAGUUUAUAAUAGGAGUUCAGGAAGCCAGAGCCCUGUGAUGCAAUGUUGCAAUAAGAACUGUUUCUGCCUGGAAUGUGCAGUGUCAGUCAUGCUCUCAGAGCAUGUCAGAGCUUGUGCUUCACCCAGAAGGGGGAGCAGCCCAUUGAGUGUGCAGGUGAGAUGCUCUCCAAGCUCCAGGACUGCACCUCCGGAGCUUGUCCAGGCUGGCUCUGUCACGCAAUCCCUGUGGAAUGGGGAGAGGCUGGUGGGGAGGACGAGCUCCAGGAUGCAAUGAGGCAUUAGCAGGACCCAGCUGUUUAGCUCCAUCAGGGAGGGGAUGGCACAACGCCCAGUUUGCAAAUGGAGAACUGAUGGAUUCGGUGCCUGCCCUUGUGUCAGGCACAAGGAGGCAGGGUUAUUUGUGCCGUGCUUUCGCAUCGGGCUUAGAUGUGGUCUGCAGCACCUGAAGUUAGCAGCUGGCCUUCAUCUGCAGACACUGGCAGGAAUUAGGUGCAUCCAGAAGGUAACUCACUUGGCUUAAAUGAGACAAGUAACCCCCCUUCCUCACCAGAGAGGACAGUCAGCAAAGAGCAAACUGGAAAGCAGGAUGCAACCCUCACUCCAGCGCUGCUGGCAGAAUUUGAGGAUUUUGCCCCCAUGCUUUAGCUGUGCCUGUGUUCCUUCCUUCAUGCCUUGUAUCCUAGACCAGUGGCAAGCAGAACUGCUUACCUCAUGAGAAUUCCUUGGUGGAAAUGUAAGGAAUUACUGGGUUUCAGCCCAGUUUCCUGAUGGCCAGUAUCCCCCCUGUCAAACUUGCUAUCACAGAUGUUCUUCUCUUUCAAGAACAGUGAGGGUUCUUAGUUUAUAUUUAAGCAUUGCAGUAAAAAAUGUGAUUAUUACUAAUUGGCACUGGUUGGCAGCCUCCAUGCAGGAGCCUGUAGAGAGUCCAUGGGAGCAAAAGCUGUCUUCCAGCUCACAUGCUCAGACACCACUGUGGGUUGUAGGGAGAGAAGGGGCUAUCGGCUCCCUGGCUUGCAAGCAGCAAAACUUGCAGGGGCAGUUCCAGGCUUUGCUCUGUGGCUGCUGCACCUCUUCCAAAACAACCUGCAGUUUUUCUCCUCACAGCUCUCCAAGUACCAGAGGGAACCUGGCUUCACCACAGCCAGGAAGCUCACUCCCCCACAACAGUCAAUCAUGUUUCUGUCACCAGGAUCUUUUUAGGAAGCUGUGACUGUGCUGUGAAGUCUGCCCUGAGUUUCUGGCCUUCAUGUGCAUCCUGGCUGUGUCCUGCCUCUACAAGCAGGAGGAAAUCAGCUGCAUGGGAUUUCCUGUGCAGCAGGCAGGCAGGCAGGAGGGAGCUGCUCUGGUAGCUCUCUGGCUGGGGACAGCUGGGGAGAUGAUGGGCCAUGCUGCAGAAGAGACCUUCCCUGGGGCAGGAUGUGGCCAGGCUGGGAACCCUGGGCCCCAAAAACACAGGCUGCACAGCAAGGGGGCUCUGCCCACAAAUUCCAACUCCAUGACUGUGAAUUGUGGAGCCAAGGCUUGUUUUCCAGGUCAACAAAGGGAAUGAAGAAGGGCUGUCAUUUAUUCUGAGAGAAAUGUAUCGUGUGGAAAUUAUAAUGUGAUUUGUUUUGUCAUUGUCUUGAAUGUUUGCCUGCUAUGAACAUCUCACCUCUUCUUAUUGCCUACAAAUAUCUGAAGUUGAUUGGUUUUUAGAUAUUGAUGCCUUGUGUUAAAAACAUGAAUUGUAACUUUGAAUUAUCUGCCUUAGAGUGGCUCUGUGCCUUCAAAAUUACUCCUGGGCCACCUCUCUGUUAGAGCUGGGGGAUGUAGUGAUUCUCCCUCACUUUUUAUAAAUACAUUGUCUUCCUACAAGA